GACAACAGCAACACCAUGACACCAGUUGUCAUCAUUGUUCUCCUGUCUGUUACGGCCGUUUCUCCGAUCCCAAUAAGUGAAACCGACAGAAAGAAAAGAGAUGUCUCCACCACCACUUUUACGAAAAUUGCAAAGGCAAAUGAAAAUGUCUUAGAAUCCCACCUAAGACAUGGGGAUAUUAUGGUUCCCACGAGCAAUGACGAUGGUAUUUUGAAGAAUGCUGUCCCUUGCACCAGCGCAGGCUGUAAAUGGCCCAAAACUCGAAGAAGAGUAAAGAUACCCUACACAAUCUCCAAUGAAUUUUCAAGAAAACAGAAGAGAACUAUUCGAAGAGCCCUGAGAGCGUUCAAAAGAGGAAAACGCAGGACCUGCAUUCGCUUUGUCAGGAAGAGAAGAAGACAUCGGGACUAUAUAUCCUUCAUCUCUGGCACUGGGUGUUGGUCCUACCUUGGUCGUCAAGGAAAUGCACAGCAAAUCUCCUUGCAGAAAAACGGUUGUGUGUUCAAAGACAUUGUGCAACAUGAGGCUCUCCAUGCACUCGGAUUCCACCAUGAGCAUGUCCGCUCUGACAGAGACGAACACGUCAUCAUUAAUUUUGAGAACAUCAUAUCAGGCACGGAACACAACUUUGACAAGGAGGAGACGAAUAACUUAGGUUCUCCCUAUGACUUUAACUCCAUCAUGCACUACAACAACUUUGCUUUCUCCAAAAAUCAACGACCAACCAUUGUUGCCAAAAGUAACCCGAACCUUCUGUUUGGUCUUGCAAGAGAGAUGAGCAGCAAUGACAUUGCACGAGUCAAUGCGCUAUAUGGAUGUGAUAAAUAAAGAAUAGAGGCUAACGGGUUGGCUGUCAUAUUUGCCCAACUCUUACUUAAGCUGACAACAUCUGUUGUGUGGACAAAAUGAAGACAGAGAAAUACACGCCUGUGUUGGCUGGCAUCUACACUUACUGAUUAGCUUUGCUUUGCUUUUCGCUCUUUUCCUUUUUGAACAGUGGCGUACUGCUGUAUUUGUCAGGUAAAGAAGCGAUGUGCCAGAAAAAUGAUGUUUGUAUUAACUCAGAAACUAAAAAAUAAACGAUAAAGUUGAUAAAUGUGUAUCUGUAACCAGUGUUGUACAUAAUAACGUUCACUGCCUUUGACAAGUGUACUCUACCACAGGGAUGGGUGGAGAUGCGUCUGAUGCUACUCCACUGUAAAUUUUGAACAUAUCCACACUUUUACUCAUGCGCAACCACCAAUAGAUGACAUUUUAGAUACAGUAUGACAUCAGCUGUUUGUGAGUCCACUGGAAGAAAUGGCUACAUUUUGUGCAACCUCCCUUUUUUCUACUGCUGAUUACAAAAGAAUAGAAAAAGGUAGAAACGACUUUUUUUAACCAAUUGAGAAAAGUCUAUUCUUUUAUUGAUUAGUUUGAUGUAUAACCAAUAAUCGACCAGGAUAUCCUGUGGGUCUUGAAAAUGUUAAAAAGCUCUGAAAUGUCUGGCAGAUAUCACUUCAAAGUGGAACGAAUCAACCAGAGAGCUUCAAGUAAAAUAAAAUUAAUGAAUUGAAAUGAAACAGUGGCAGCUCGCCAAAGCAACUUAAAAUGUCAUCUCUUCUCUUGA